AGCACGCGACUUAUCUGGCAUCCCAUAUGCCAGAUGAAAUUUCCAGCAUGGGUAAAACUUAUGGAAACGCCAGUCUGAUAUGCAAGAAACAAAAUUCUAUUACCUCUAGUUUUGUAAAUGUAUAUUUUUUGUAUGAAUGUCUCAUAAAAACGAUUACAUUUGUUUACUAAAGGAAAGGGUCAAUUAACAAAACAUCAGGUAUAUAUUUCAAGCAAGUUAGGAUAAUCACUUAAACGACAUAUUUCAUAUUUUCAUAAAUAUUUGUUCUUGCAGGGCAGUGUCAAUUACAGAUUUAGAAGAGUUACUGCAUAUGCAUUUUAAAACUCAAAAGAAAGAGAUAAGAUACUUUAUCGACGAAACAUUAAAUUGUUUGAAAGAUCAUAUUGUUGAAUUGGAGAACAAUAAUACUUUGGCAGAUCCUGAUUCGAAACAGAUGUUAAAGUCAACAUUUUUAAAAUGUUCCGCAAUAGUUGAUUAUAUCAGAAGAAAGAGAAUAUUAAAGCCAAAACACAAAUAUACGUUAGAUACAGAUGAUAAUUACUACUUUAUUAUGAUCCGAAAUAUACUUAUAAAAGCAAGAUGGGAUUUAAACAAAAUCACGGAUAACCCAAGGAAAUUUAUUGCUAUUAAUGAUGACAUGGAUCACAGCAAGAUGAUAGCGACGGCAGUUGAACUUGAAUUAAAAAACUUUUAUAAAAGAUUAUUUCCUUACCCAUCACAAUAUGAACUUCAAGUGACUUGAUGUCGGCUUUCUCAUAGUUAAAAAAAUAGAUUAUUUAUAAAAUUCUAUGAUUUUAUACGUUGAUGCGAAGCAAUUUCAAAAGAUAAAGAUCUUGGUUUAAUUUUGAAAUGAAAACAAGCGAUGUGAACAGUGCAAGUGUCGAAAAUGUGUGACAUAACGGAUACUGAUGAAGGCCUUUAAAAUGAUACUAUCUAAAUGAUACACUAUGAUAUAAAUGUUAAAAAAAAGCCCCGCAUAUUCUAAUUAACUCUCAUUUAGUGUGUUGUAAGUUCAUUUGUCCCUAAUUCCGACCAAAUAUUCCGCUGUAUCCUUCAGUUUCCUAUUAUAGCUUCAGUCUUUAUCUUUUCUUAUCUUUUCUUAACUGUCACCCGAAGCUAGAUAUCCUAU